CCGACAGGGCAGCUGGGCCGAGCUUGGUAGCCGCUCUGCUUGCAGAAGUGGUGCGGUUUUGGCUUUUAAAAAUGUCUGAAUUUUUUUUACUCAGGUAACUUUAACUUAAAACAAACUGAAGCCAGUGUCAGGAAAUACUAGCCUUAAAUCUGAUUGGGACAAAGAGGAUGUGUUGGUGGUGGGGGGUGGGGGGCACUCAGCCCUGAGCCGGCGAGCCUGGGGGAAGGGUUGGCUUUAGCAGCGGGCCUGGCCGGCCUCUGGACGCUGUCCCCCCCAGCUGCCCCCUCGGGCAGCCCCUGGCUGCGGGGCGUCCGGGGCUGCGGCCCCCCCGGGCCUGAGCCUCCCCCCGGCCAAGGAGGAUCGCACCUGCUCCCUGUGCUGCGCCCUCAGCAGACAGAGGGCGCGUGUCCGCCAGGGCCCCCCAGUUGGUACACAUGCCGGCGGGUGCCGGCCACCAUCCCGUGGCCCCACUCGGGGUGUCCACCCCGGUGUCGCCCAUGUGUGUCGUUGCCGCUCCUGGUCAUGUGUCUGUGACGCGGAGUCUGUACGCGCCCCCUGGGCCCGGGGUCCUGCCCAAUUGUGCUUGUGCUGACUCGGUGUCUGACGAAACCAGGUGAAACCCACGGCCGUGAACUGGACUGGGCCGUGAUCUUCCUGUCACAGAGGCGCGUGAAGCAUGGCUGCCUGCCCUGUGCUGGGUCUUGCCGCUCUCCUCUUCCUCUCUGCGCCCCAGGCCAGCUCCAUGGUGCAGUAUCGACAGCUGGUGCCGGUGGUGCUUCUGGAACCCCAAGGGAGGGACUGCUCUCAUAUCUGGGUGGAGAGCCCCAGGGCCCGCAGUGGUGUGUACACCAUCCAGCCAGAGGGAGCCAGCGCCCCCUUCAAGGUUCUCUGUGACAUGCGCACGGACGGUGGCUGGACGGUGAUUCAGAGCCGAGACCGGGGCCGGCGGAGGCCCCUGGACUUUGAGAGGUGCUGGCAGGAGUACAAACGAGGCUUCGGAGACCUAAGAGGUGACCACUGGCUGGGGCUGGAGCACAUCUCUGGCCUGACCUCCCAGCCGGGCCUGCGCUCAGAGCUGGUGGUGGAUCUCCUGGACACGGACAACCACACACUUCAGGCCCACUAUGAUAACUUCCACGUGGACAAGGAGGACCAGUUUUACCAGCUGACCCUCGGCCUGUACUCGGGGAACGCAGGUGAGUGCUGGGGAGGUAAGGAACCCCUGUGCCUGCCCCCAAGCGUCCUGCUUUGCCCCUGGGCUCUCCAGGCUGCAGGAGGGGGGACUCUUGCAGCAGGCCAGGGUAGGUGGGGGAGGUUGGGUCCCUGGAGCCCCCUACUUUCCGGCCCACAUCUGCCAGCCUCUGUGCUCUGGGGAAGACUGUCCCUCCCCAUCUGGGGUCCCAGAUGGCAAGGCCGCGAGCGGGGGCCUGAGGGGCAGCUAGCCCGCCGCCCACGCCACCACACCGGCGCAGGGGACGCGUUCCGGGGCAUGGGCCAGACGGACAACCAGGAGGGCUGUGGCUUCAGCACGCUGGACCGCGACCAUGACCACUGCACGCCUUGUACGGAUCGCGCCCGGACCUUCACCAGCUGCAGCCACGAUCGCUCGGGAGCCGGAUGGUGGUACAGCGCCUGCGGCCACGCGGACCUCAAUGGGCCAUGGCCGGAGCACGCGGGGGCCGCCUCCGGCAUGCGCUGGGCCGCGGGCGACCACCAGCCCGCCCUGCGCGCCAGCGUGCUGCGCGUGCGCACCACUGCUUCCCGCAAGGCCUAGGCCCCCGCCCGUCCGUGGCCGAGCCUCAUUAAAUGUUCAAGCCCGGCUG